AUAAAUUUUCCAAGUAAACCAAUCGAUCUGGUAUAUACCCAGAAAGAGGUCAGCCAUUUUCUCGACUUCCAAACACUUUUUAAGCAGUUUCUGUUCACACCAAGCUCCUUGCCUUUCCAUGUUGAUGAAUUGUUCAAGCAAUAACAUAGGGACUCUGUUCCUUUGUGCUUAUUUUUAGUGGAUUUGAUUCGAUCUUUGAUCAAUAUAUUUUUUGACUCUCAACUUCGUUAGGAUUUUCUUUCCCUGUUGUUAUUCACUUGAAUUUGUUAUUGAUAUUGAAUUUUGCAUUUCUUAUACUUCAUUUUUCCGAGCUAAUUUAACCUUUUUUCAUUGAAUUUUUGGACUAGUUUGAGCUAGUGAUAGAGGGUUUGACUAGAAUACAGUAUUGGGUUUUUGAUCAGACGAUCAGAUUGGAUUUUGCAUUCCUUAUUCUUCAUUUUUUUCUGCUAAUAUAAGCAUUUUUAUACAAUUUUUGGACUAGUUUAAGCUAAUGAUAGAGGGUUUGACUAGAAUAUAGUAUUGGGUUUUUUAAUCUAACAAUCAGAUCAUCUUUGUUCAUUCAGCAUAAGCAACAAAGCUAGAUCUUAAUGGUGAAAGUAAAGGGACUGUUGAGCAGGUAUUGAGUAUAGCAGUGUUUAUCAAUGGGGAAUACUUGUGUUGGACCUAGCAUUUCAAAGAAUGGUUUCUUUCAAUCGGUCUCCGCCGCGGUGUGGCGAUCCCCAUUGCCAGGAGACACUGCCUCCGCCACUAAUAGAGAAAGUGUCCAUGGGACACAAUCUUCUAUCAAAGAAGAACCUGAAUCGCCUAUGCCGGUUCAGAGUAAACCACCUGAACAAGUGAAAAUCCCAGAAGUGGAAUCAAAACAAGAGCCACCGGCAAAACCCAAAAAGCAGCCACAAAUGAAGAGGAUGGCUAGUGCAGGGCUUAGGGCAAAUUUGGUUUUACAGACCAAAACCGGUAAUUUGAAGGAGUUUUACUCAUUGGGGAAGAAACUAGGGCAAGGUCAAUUCGGGACAACGUUUUACUGUCUGGAGAAAGCAACAGGAAAAGAGUUUGCCUGUAAAUCGAUUGCUAAGAGGAAGUUGUUGACUGAAGAGGAUGUGGAAGAUGUGAGGAGAGAAAUUCAGAUAAUGCACCACUUGGCUGGGCAUCCAAAUGUUAUAUCAAUCAAUGGUGCUUAUGAGGAUGCUGUGGCUGUUCAUGUUGUUAUGGAGUUGUGUGCAGGGGGUGAGCUCUUUGAUAGGAUUAUUCAACGUGGGCAUUAUACAGAAAGAAAGGCAGCCGAGCUUACUAGGACCAUAGUUGGCGUGGUGGAGGCCUGUCAUUCUCUAGGAGUUAUGCAUCGGGACCUAAAACCCGAGAAUUUUCUCUUUGUUGAUCAUCAGGAGGACUCGCUUCUCAAAACAAUUGAUUUUGGAUUAUCUAUAUUUUUCAAGCCAGGUGAAAAAUUUAAUGACGUGGUUGGCAGCCCAUAUUACGUUGCUCCAGAAGUGCUGCGAAAGUGUUAUGGUCCUGAAGCAGAUGUCUGGAGUGCUGGGGUAAUUGUUUAUAUUCUCCUAAGCGGAGUUCCUCCUUUCUGGGCUGAGACCGAGCAAGGAAUAUUUGAACAGGUUCUGCAUGGUGAUCUUGACUUCGAGUCUGAUCCCUGGCCAAGUAUUUCAGAUAGUGCAAAAGAUUUAGUGAGGAAAAUGCUCAUUCGAGACCCCAAAAGGCGCUUAACUGCACAUCAAGUUUUGUGCCACCGUUGGGUUCAAGUUGAUGGUGUGGCUCCUGACAAGCCUCUUGAUUCAGCAGUUCUUAGUCGCAUGAAACAAUUUUCUGCCAUGAACAAGCUCAAGAAAAUGGCUCUCAGAGUUAUUGCAGAGAACCUAUCCGAAGAAGAAAUUGCUGGGCUGAAACAAAUGUUCAAGAUGAUAGACACUGACAACAGUGGUCAAAUCACUUUUGAAGAACUCAAGGCCGGACUCAAAAGAGUUGGUGCUAAUCUUAAGGACUCUGAAAUUUACGAUCUAAUGCAUGCAGCAGAUGUUGAUAACAGUGGAACAAUUGAUUACGGAGAGUUUGUAGCUGCUACAUUGCAUCUGAACAAAGUUCAGAAAGAAGAUCAUCUAUUUGCAGCUUUCAACUACUUCGAUAAGGAUGGAAGUGGUUAUAUCACCCCAGAUGAGCUCCAACAAGCCUGCGAGGAGUUUGGCUUAGAGGACGUCCGCUUGGAAGAAAUGAUCCGAGAAGUUGAUCAGGACAAUGAUGGGCUCAUAGAUUACGGCUCCGUUUGGCAAGUUGGGUUGGAGGCUUUUUUGGCUAUUUUAGCCACAAAAGACAAAAUAGGUUAUUUUAGCCACAAAAAACAAAACAUCACAUCUAACCCAUAAUCAUUACACUCUUCUC